CACAGAACCUAAUGAUUCUGUCGGACCCCACCGAAGACCCUAUUUUAUACUAUAAAAGUUCACAAAAUAAACUUAAUACAAUUCUAUCAAUCCAAAACAAAGCUUUUCCAACUUUUCUACAUAAACUACUAUUCUCAUAAUGGGCAUCUAUGGAAUUUCCAAAAUUGUUGCUGGUGCUGGCGUCCUACUCAGUCUUGUGCCCGGUUUGAAUAUUGUUGGUUCCGUCUACUACGCGCUCGUCUUCUUGGUUCUUCGUAAACGAAAUAAAGGGGCUCUCAAUACUUGUAUUUUCUACAUGGUGCCGAUCUUUAUUGCCUACACUCUCUUCAUAAGCAGUAUUAUUGGCUUCCGUGUUGUCGAGCCGUACAAGAAUCUCUGGAAGGAUGAUAAUGAUGCAUUAGAAGUCCCAGAACAUUCGACAGAAGACGUCGCGGAAAAGAAUGCAACCACCAGGCCAAAACGAGAGUCGGAGGUAGUGCCGGGAACUUGUACACUUCAAGACGUUCCAUUUGUGAAGAAGCUUCCUAAAAAAUGGGAUAAAGUAAAAGUGUUCAAAAUUGCUUGGCUUGUAGGUGUUGGAACUGGAGGCUUCAAUAUUUUCUAUUUGUUCGUUUCCAAUAUUGUGUUUUUCUUCGCAUAUAAUUUUCUGAAGAAAACGCAAUAAUCCAAUGGAAGUUGUCUAUGGGUAAAGAAAAUAUGUAAGGAGAUGAAUAUGUAAAGGAUAACAAAUUAUAUAUUGUAAUUA